AUCCUUUCAGUUCUAUUUUUCAGUGUACGUAAUUACUGCCCAAAGUGGUUUCACAUCCUGACCUGGACUGCUGCUAAGUCAUUCCAUUUAGGGAUUCAAUUCAGGACAUACCACAGGCACUUUGCUUGCACAUGAUCCUAUUUCAUUUAGCCUAGUUGCCUUUGGGAUUAUAAUACCAUUUUCACAAGAUUUUUUAAAGGCAAUUUUAUCAAGUCUGUCCACCCAUAGACUAUUGUCUUUCAUUAAGACUUUAUUAAAACAGUGUGAUAACCUCCUGGCUAUUUAAACUCUCUGAAGUUAAUCAUCGUAUCAGGAGAAGCCAGUUGAAGCAACUGGAAGUAGGUUUCCAAAAUGCCAUGGUUCCAUCAGCAUGUGCCUGUUAAAUUGAGUGCAGGAUUUCUAUGCCUCCUUCUCGUAUGGAACUUGGCUGCAGGCAUAAAAGGAGAAAAUAAGAAGGAGAAGAGUGUGCCAGUGCUGGCUACUGCAGAGCUGCCUGCCAAAUCCGUUGAUCUGGCUGCGAUUAACCUGACUGAACUAGUGAACGGAAUGUUAAAUACAGCUCUCAAAGGUACCAAAAAAUUCUUCUCUUUGCUGAGCAUUACCUCUUACAGCUCGUUUGCCUUCCACAAAGUUUCGGUCGCCAUUUAUAACAUUUCUAACCUGAAAAAUGUUGACCCCAGCAAGUUCCCUAUGAGGUAUUGCUACUGUUUAAACAACAUGACAAAUGACUUAACAGAUUUUACAGCUUUACUUGUUGAUAUUAUUGGAAACUCCACCAGUUACCUCACAGAAAUUUUCAAAUCAACCUCCAUCGUCUCAGUGAGUCAGAGCAAUGAUUCAGACUGUAUCUAUAUCUGCGUGAUGGCAGGCCGAACAGGCAGAAAUAUGUCUGACUUUUGGGAAAUGAUAGAGAAAUCUCCUGUUAUUAAUUACACAUUUUCCAGUAAUAUGUCUGCGCUCCUGGAUAUAGACUCAAUUCUUCCCAGCUUAAUGACCUUACAAGAAGACCCUGACAAGAUCAUGGACGAGCUCCCUGAAGACAUUUGGACAUUUAAAACGACAAGGAUGCCUUCCUGGGAACAGACUGUUGCAUGGAAAGGAGAUGAAAUCCUCUCUACAAGAUUUCCCACAUGGCCAAAGACUGUUGGUUUGAAAGGAUCCGGAUUUCCAAUUCUACAGCUGCCCUUGUGGUUACAGACAGAUGCUUCAAAAGGACAUGGCACUACAAGGCUGCCUCCUACUACCAUGGAAAGCUAUGAUAUUUUACCCCAAAUGCAGCCAUCAACGGGUACCUCUUCACCAAUGCCCUCCUUCUCUGCUGAACAAAUGCAGGAUUUGCCGAAACUUCUUCCUCUUUCUACUGAAAUGUAUCCAUUCUGGACACAGCCAGCUUCUCCUGAAGUAACCAAAGUAUUUAUCCAAACGGAGUCGGAUCUGCCUUCAUUAUUGUUGUCUACCCCUGUAUACAAGCCUGAAGUGUUACCAAAACUGCAUACAGCUUCCAGAUGUCCACAGGCAACUCUUAAAGAGCCAUCCAUGAACUCCCCUCCUGUUACCUUUAUGGCUCAAAAGAUCAAUCCUUGCGUGAUGGAGCUGUGUAAAUUUUUCCAGCAGUGCCUUUGUGUCAAUCAAAGAAGAAAUUCAAGAAAAGAAGCCAUGAGGUACUGUAUUGAAUACUAUUCCUGGUUCUUGAAAAAUGCAACUUACGUCUGUGAAAGGGUCAAAAGAAUGGCUUACUCACAAACGUUAAAACAAAAAUGCCUUACAAACAUCUGUAAAUCUGUCUAAAGCACUGAGGGAAUGUACUGCAAAUGAGAAGAGUUCUGGCAGUCUUUAGUAGUCUUUUUCCAUUUAACAAGAAUUGAUGGCUAUCUAUGUUAGUUACAAAUAUUUGUAUCAACCAGCUAUUUUCUAGAGAUUGUUUUUCCUCCAAAGGAUUGUAUAAAUGAUGUAUAAAACCAGGUGAACUUCAAACAAUAAAUUUAACUGUAAUGAAAUAUUUUUAAAAGAUUUUUAAACUGUGCUUUAUAAAAGAUAUCAAUAAAGUCUGUUAAUG